CGGUGAAAUUGUGAGCAAGAAGGAGCCUAGGAGGUCACUUACGGUAUGACAGUAACCUCUAAUUAUCCAGGUGCCAUCUUCAUGAUCGUGUCCCUUGCCUUGCUUGGGAUGCUGUCCCUUCUUUGUGUGAGGUGCAAAAGGAAAUCCAAAAUUAUUAAUCAGGAAAAUCAAAUAUACGUGGCUCGGACGCAUCCGGAAAUACCAACACCACGGUCACACAUGGAAAUAAGAGGCCUCCAGCAAAAUGUGCAACCAAGACAAUAUGGGCGCAGCAGAUUUGCCACGAUGCAGCCGGAGACAGUUACCAGACCCAGUCAGACAACAAGCAACGCUUCGGGGAAUCCUAUGCAAUUUUCACAAGGUGUACAUUCUGUGAAACUUGUUUCUGCAGCAUCGCUGGAAAAUUCAGAGCCAACAUACGUAGCUCCUCUCCCAAACUCGGUGUAUGAAAAUAUAGAUGACGGGAUAGUCAAGAAGGAAACUGAUACAGCUCAGGAUCCAUGUGACUACGAGAACGUUUUUCCAUCUUUAUCAAUCAGUGGUGAAAAUGAGAGUGAUUAUGAAAACUCUUCAUUCUUGGAGCAAAUGGCAAAAGAAGAUGAAUCUGAGUAUGUGAAUAUCGACACUGCCUGAUCUCAACGCCAUCCACAGUCCACAGUACUGGAGAAUGCCAAUGGAAAUACCCCCCCCCCCAUGAACAUUUGAGUGACACUGCUUAGUUGAAACUGGAAUAAAUGUUGAUGCCAGAUUUGUAUGGAGUGCUGCAGGUUUGAGGAUAAAAUGAGUCUGAAUAGCUUUAUGUGGCAGAAAGAAGAUCAUCUACCUCUUGAGACAGUAUUUGUUUGUCUGUGACAUAUCCAUGCUGCCACCUGGGGGUAAAUAUAAAAUAUUACAUGACAUAGCAGAACGUAGGUACAGUAAUCGUAAUGAGCUCCACUGAGAAAACGGAUCCUUUUCAACAGCGGCAGUCUUAACUAUUUACACUGGCCCUAAUGCUUUGCAAGUUUUGACAACAGAUUCUGAUGCAAUGGGAUACAUAAACAUUUAACAGAUGUAAAGUACUGAAAGAAAUAGUACGCACACUUAAGCCUGAGUAAUACAUAUUCUGAGCUUUGCCAGUGGAAAACGAGAAUAAUUAAACCUCAUUGUGAAU